AUGCCGCCGAAGCAAUCCAGGUCUUUCUCCCGAUCCCUUUCCAACAGCUCCAUCCCCUCCUCCUCUUCUUCGGGCAGCAAGGGCAAGCUGAAACAGAACAAGCUCGAUUUCUCGUUUCACUCUAUUUCAGACGCUUCCAAGCCAGCGACAGGGCCCUCUGGUUCGAGGCCGCUUAGUAGCACUCCUUCGUUCGGGAUCCCCUCCGUUGACCCAUCCCCAGCACAACCCCCGUCAGCGAUUGCGGAGAAGGGAAAGCAGAAGCAAUCACACUCCUGCACCAUCAAGCCAAAAGCGCCUGAACAAGACAAACAAGAUGAGAGCUGCUUAUGGGCGGAAAAGCUUGCCCCUCGCUCCAGCGACCAACUGGCAGUGCAUCCUAAAAAGGUGGCUCAAGUUCGAUCUUGGCUAGCAGAAGCUUUCUCCUCUCGCGCUGCAACGGUCAAAUAUCGCAAAGUCUUGACGCUUACAGGUCCAGCAGGCGCAGGCAAGUCUUCCACCGUACGGGCACUAGCAACUGCACCCGAUCUCGACUUUGAUAUAUUGGAGUGGCAGAACGAUCAACCUGCAUUCGAUCCUUCCAAUCCUGCGCCUUCUUUCAUCGAGCGAUUCGCCGAUUUCCUUUGCAAAGCUGCAAAGUUUCCAACUCUCGACCUAAAGCCGCCAUCCAAUGGCAGAAGUAAUUCAGCUUCAUCGUCGCUGCUCCCUCUCGACGAGAUCCCGAGCUCGGCGAAGCGCAAUAGGCUGAUUCUGCUCGAAGAUUUGCCCAAUCUACACCAUCUGCCGACUAAGCAGCUCUUUCAGGCAGCUAUCGAGCAGUACAUUCGGCAAUCUACCCAUCUUACCUCUCGUGGCUCUGCAAAUGUACCCAUCCUGCUAAUUGUGACGGAGAGCACACCGAGAGAGGACGAGGAUAGGUGGGUGGCUGAUGCGUCUAGUAGCAACUGGCAGCAGAGGAUUGCUUCGAUUAUCGAUACCCGUAGUGCCUUGGGAGAGGCGAUUAGGAACGAUCCGGCGUAUGCAGAGGUAAGGUUUAACCCGGUUGCACCGACAAUUAUUAUCAAGGCUUUGAAGAGGGCGAUCGAACAAGCUCCUCCUGGGUCAGGGAGAGUGCUUGCGAAAGGCAUGCUGAUGGAAUUGCUUCAAGCGGUGGCCGAAGAUUCCAAUGGGGAUCUCAGGGCUGCCGUUAAUUGUCUCCAGUUUGUUGGCAUCAAUCGCGGCUUGUUACAUGCAGCUGCAGGGGCCAAGGGGCGCAAGACAGGCAAGAAGGGAGCAACGCAAGAAGAGAGGAGCAACAUUACGAGGAAACUCAUACCCCUUGUGUCUGGUAGAGAAAGCUCCUUGGCUCUCUUCCACGCUUUAGGUCGCGUCUUGUAUAACAAAAGAGAAGGCGAUCCAAACGAUCAAGGUCCGCCGAUCAAGCGCGCUAUAAACCAAGAAGCGUAUAGCGACUCAGAAGACGACGACGCUAAUAACAGUUCGGAAGCAGGCAACUCGCUUCAACGAGACAUCAAAACCGCCAUCCGCUCCUUUAUCCCUCCUUCCACCUCGCACGAUACCGGCGAAAGGCUGCCAGAACACAUGUCGCAUCUCUUUCGUCGACAAUCUCGAGUAUCAGUCGACCAGCUUUGGGCUGACCUCCCAGUCGAUUCUUGCGUCUUUCAGCUUUACCUUCACGCCAAUUUCCCUCAAUUCUGUGACGAGGCGGAGGAAUGCGAGAGUAUAUUGGAAGCUUUUAGUGCUGCAGAUGCGCUAAUGCCGAGGCACGAGCAGUAUCUGCAUUCCAGCGUUGUCGCUUACUACUCGUUCCUAGUCUCUGUAAGGGCAACAUUGCUGGCGCUGCCAAGUCCAGUGAAGCGGAGAGCCCAGAAGCUCGGCAAAACGGCUUGGUGGGACGUUCAGAAGAAGCUCAGAGGCAUGAUGGGUGAUGUUCAAGAUGUGAAAUCUGCCUAUACACCCGGGUUGAAAUCCUCUAGCGGUGCAGGAGGUGACGGAGAGGCGAGUAGCUUGAAGAGGAUUAAGUUCAACAAUCCUUCCUUUGCUUCAGAUGCCGAUGCCGAUGCCGGGUCUGUAGAUGCCUCGGCUUCAAUAGGACCAGCUUCAUUGGUAACGAGAAGCAACACGGUUACAUUAGUCACUGAGAUCUUGCCAGCACUGGCAAAGAUCCAGCUGAGAGCGGGAACGGAUGACAAGGUGCAUGAGCUAGCAAGAAUGCGAUUCGAAUAUCCCGGGGUCGCAGAUAUCGCUUCCAGACAGCUGGACCAACACGAAACGGGCCUCCUGGACAACGAGGAUGACGAAGAAGCUCAUCCAGCUAUGCUUACGGAAGAAAAGACCGGCAAGAGGAAAGCAGUGCAACUGCAGAAACAGCACAAGAUAGCAGCAGUGGACGAGCAAGAGGACAAGUUGAUCCUUAGUGAUGACGACAUCGCUGAUUUCUAG